GUUUUAGAAAACAGGCGGGGAAUUCCAAUAACACUUGCAAUAGUAUUCGAGAGUGCAGCUAGGCGGUUGGGAGUGCGUUGUGAAGCAGUAUCGUUCCCUGCCCACUUCCUUCUCCGUUGGAAAGAGAAAUAUAAUAUUCCUGAGUCGGAAGAGAUCGAGAGUUUCUACAUUGACGUAUUCAAUGGAGGUCAAUUUUUGACGAAAAACAGUUGUCCAAGGAUAGGUGGAGUAUCGAAAUGCCCUAUUGAGAGGUAUAAUGUUCAUAAUGGAGCGACUGCAGUGGAGGUCGUUCAGAGGAUGGCGAAUAACCUUGAAGUCGCUGGCAGACAAAGAACCCAUUUAAACGGUCGAGCGGCACGUUUGCGCUCUGCUCUGGAGCUUUUGCACUUGGUAAGACCUCAUGACACAUCAACGAUACUCCAUUUAGCAAGGUUCUACAUUCUGCAUCAAAUGGAUUUAAUGGAGCUGGUUCAAGUGCUUAAAGAUAUACAAAAGAAUCUCGAAGUAACAUCUAGAGGCCAGGCAAACCAUAUCCUGCAGAUGCUUCAGGACUACGAGAGACACAUGAAAGUCGUCCCCGAGGAUGAUCUAAGCCCCAAAGUUCGCACUGCCGAAAUUAAAUACACAAUCGGUAUGAUAAUGAAGCACAGGACAUACGAAUAUUUCUGUGUAAUUUCAGGAUGGGAUAAAAAAUGUGAAGCAUCCCCAGAAUGGAUGAACGAAAUGGGUAUUGAUGAGUUAAACGAUGGAGUCAAUCAACCAUUUUAUUAUUUAUUCGUCGACGAUGGAUCUUCGCGUUAUGCAGCUCAGGAGAAUUUAAUCAUUGCACCAACACCGAAGUGGAUUAAUCACGAUGAUGUUGGACGGUAUUUUUAUAAAUUCUGUGGUGCCUAUUAUCUACCAAAUGAGGAGAAGGAGAGAGAGUAUCCGGACGAUGGGAAAGUCAGGGACCAACUCCUCAGAAUUCAACAGUGAUUGGAGCAUUACUAAGUAGAAAUAGAUAUACCGGACGGUUCCUGCUCCCAUCCCUAUUGGGACAUUCGACUUCUAUUCUACGCCCAACAUGAGAAGGUUUGAAAAAAAAUGAUGACAUUGAUUCUAAAUUUCCAUAUAAUGUUCAUAAUGGUCGUUAGAUAGGCCCGUACUUUUUUUUUCAACUCACACUAAUCUACAUUGUCAGCACAGAUGCUGAUGAACGCCCAUCCACAAGAAAGGACUAAAUUUAAAGGUAUUAGUUUAACCUUCCAAAAAUAAUGAAAGAUAAAAAAAAUUGUUGUCAAUUGUAAAAACUUUCAUAUUAUGACAUUAUAAUCGAGAUAUUUUCUAUCGGCUAUAACUUAUGGUCUUUUUAUUUUUAUUUUUUCGAAAUAAAAAGUACGUGUUCAACAUUUUAUAUUGAACUUACAUAUCCUUCAGCAGAAAAAUUGCAUAUCAAAGCCCCAGUACCACGACAAACCUUGCCCAGAUUAUCAUUGACCACAGACCUGAUGAUUCUGCUAGAAUAGUGGCGGAAAACCUUCAAAAAAUAUUAAUGCGUUUGAUGAAUGUCGUGAAAGGCGUGUUCAUGGGCUGAAUCUAGUUGUUAUGAGAUGAUGAAAAACCCCGGAAUAUUUAUCUACCAUUGAUCAAACGUUUGUGUUGCACGAACUAUUUUGAAAACGGUUUGAAAAAGAAAAAAAAUCUCGCAGAAAGAAUGUUUGCCUUGAACACCUGAAAAAUUUCUGUAUUUAAUAUUUUUGUCUUCAUUUGUUGAAGAAUUAAUCAGUAUUGACCAUUGAAAAGUAAUAAAUUCAGGAUUUAUUUGCAGUUUCGAGUAGUUAUUUCUGGUGAUGACGCGUUGAAAAAUGUUGAGUAUAGAAAGUUUUUAGUUUGUGGUGGCGAACCUAGUAUUCAUCUCGAGAUUUUUCUUUCGUCUGCGGCCGUCCCACUUAGAAAUGGACAAUUGAUGAAGAGAGAUACAUAUAUUUGUAUUAUUUAACAUUUACUAGAGUUCUCUACAAUGCAUAUUACUAACAAUAAAUAUUAUUAUAAUAUUGAUUGUGUAAGACACCUAGUCUACUCAUUGUAAAUAGAGUCCUGGAUAUUUAUUGUUCAUUGUUGACUCGCAGCAAUAGAAAUUCAUUUGGAGAUACAGAAAGUGUAAAUAGAAAUUAAUAAAAAGAAGUUCUUUCUAUAUGAAAAUUGAAUGAAAAAAUAACCAUACAAAAUAUGUAAUCCAUCAAGUAAUUGUGAAUUUCUUGAAAUUACUUAGAAAAUUUAUAAACAUGUUCAAUUAAGGAAAAAAAAUGAAUGAAUGAAUACGAAAAUUGACUUGUGUUUUUAGUGUAUUGUCCAGUUGUAAUUAUUUUUUUUUUAGAUUUUCGCUUCUCUAUGUUUGAAAAUAAAUAGGGAAAGUAUUUCAUUCUGAA